AUGGAAAAAGCUUCAUCAAUUACUAGCACCAUGGAAACCUUGGACGCGUCCUCUCUCUCAGCUUCAGCUGUCUCCUACGACCCAAAAUCUGAGGCUGUGACCCUACCGGGAGGUGUAGUGUCAGUGGCGGGCAUCGCCGUGGUAACCGGUGGCGUGGAGUUGUCCUGUUCAUCCUGCAUGCUGGCCUUUGGCUUCUGGGGCACUCUCAUCGGUUUCAGUUGUGUGGGAGUGGGCGCGUGGGACCAGCUUAACCACUUCAGCGAAGGAACUUCUCACUUACUGGCGCUUGGACUGGUCAUCCUGGCCUUGAGUUUUGUGGUAGUGGGGGGUGUGGUGGCCUUCUAUGUUCUGACCAAGAGAAGGCGAAAAAGGAGGAGGGAGAGGCAAGACUGCAAGGAAGUGCUUGUGAAGGAGAAUGUGGUUAAACGGCUCACUGUGUAG